CUCUUCACCACUCGCAUGUCCACUUUUCCCAUCCCGUCUUCUGACUCUUCUCUCUCAUCUGCCCAUUUACUGACAUGGCGGUUUCUGGCUGCCCUCUGCGUCCGCCCUCACCACCUCCUCACCUCCUCACCUCGCUAUUCGAGCGUCGUCUUUUAAGUUAAUCACGCAACCGGCUUGAUCCGAUCGCAGACCUGCUGGCUGGCUGGCAGGCAGUCAGGCAAACUCAUAUCAGCACCACCAUGUCUUCACGCUCGUCAGUUUCUGUGUCUUCAUCGGACAGAACCCCUCUUUUAGGGCACCACCAAGACAUCGACAAGGCUGUGCACGACCACCGUCGACAGACCACGCACAUCUACAAUGUCGACAGCGACAGCGACAGCGACAGCGAGGCGAGCCGCCACAACGACACGACCCCCCUCUCCGCUGGCGUCGCCCGCAUGGCCGCCGUCUCGUCGACGCUGACAGCCUCGCAGCGCGCCGUCCUCCUGCUCAGCAUCUUCCUCGUCGGCUACGCCUACGGCCUCGAGUCGCAGGUCCGCUCGACCUACCAGCCGUACGCGACGGCCAGCUUCCACCUGCACUCGUACCUGGCCACUAUCAACGUUUUCCGCAGCGUGGUCGCCGUCGCGGCGCAGCCCACCGCCGCCAAGGUCGCCGACGUCCUGGGCCGCUUCGAGGUGGUCGUCUUUGCCACGGUCCUCUACACGGCGGGCAUCGCCAUCGAGUCGACUGCGGGCUCCGUCGAGGUCUUUUGCGCCGGCUCCCUCGUCUACCAGGUCGGCUACACGUGCAUCGUCCUGCUCAUGGAGGUCCUCAUUGCCGACUUUUCGUCCCUAAGGGCCCGCGUCUUCUCCAGCUACAUCCCGGCCCUGCCCUUUGUCGUCAACACCUGGAUCAGCGGCAACGUGACGUCGGCCGUGCUCUGUGUGACAACGUGGCGGUGGGGGCUCGGCAUGUGGGCGAUCAUCUACCCCGUGGCGUCUCUGCCGCUGCUCUGGUCGCUGUACACCAUGGAGCGCAGGGCGCGCAAGAGCAUGGCAUCUCUGGCCGACGUGGGUGCGAACAAGGAGAGGGGCGCGCGAGAGGUCGCCCGCACGUUGUAUCAUCAGCUCGACAUCGUGGGGCUCGUGCUGGUCAUCUCCUCGUUCUCGCUGGUCCUCGCGCCGCUGACCAUCACGGGCCAGAAGGUGGGCCACUGGCAGGACCCUCACAUUGUCGUGCCCCUGACGAUUGGCCUCGUGCUGGCCGCGGUCUUUGUCGUCUGGGAGCAAAAGGGCGCCAGCGUGCCUCUGGUGCCUCUCGCCCUCCUCGCGGACCGGGGCGUCUGGGCUGCGCUCGCGGUGCGCAGCCUGCUCAACUUUGCGUGGUACACGCAGGGCAACUAUCUGUACACUGUGCUCGUUGUGGCAUUUGACUUUCCCAUUGCAACCGCCACGCGCAUCCUGUCCUUCUUCUCCUUCUUUGGCGUCCUGAGCGGCGUCGUCACGGGUGUCAUCAUCUACAGGGUGCGGCGUCUCAAGUACAUCAUUGUGCUCGGGACGUGCAUUUUCAUGCUGGCCUUUGCGGUGCUGAUCCGGUUCAACGGCGGGGCGUCGCUGGCAUCGCAGAGGGGCCUCAUUGCCGGGCAGGUCAUCAUGGGCAUGGCGGGCGGUCUAUUUGCGUACCCGACCCAGGCGUCCAUCCAGGCGUCGGCGUCCAAGGAGCACGUGGCCAUCCUGACGGGGUUGUACCUGUCCUUCUACAAUGUCGGGAGUGCCUUUGGCACGAGUCUGUCCGGGGCCAUCUGGACGCAGACGCUGCCCACCAUGCUGCGGUCGAACCUGGCCUUUCAGCCGAAUGUGACGCUGGCCGACGAUAUCUACAAGUCGCCGUUUGCCAUUGUCGCGCAGUAUCCCGUGGGGACAGAGAUCCGGUCUGCGAUCAUCGAGAGCUAUGCGGGCACGCACCGUCUGUUGUGCACGGCGGGCAUGGUCAUUUGCGUGCCCAUGAUUGUGUUUGCGCUGGCGCUGCGGAAUCCAAGGCUGUCGGAGGAGCCGGUGCAGCCAGAUGCGGAACGGGACUUGGAGAUUGAUGAGCAGCGCUUGCUUGGAUAGAAUGCGAGCAGGCAGAGCGUCCGACGUCGUACAGUGUCACGCAUUGUGCAUGUCGGUGCUUACCUACGGUCGUUCCAGCGUUCUAGAGCUGCAUGCAAUGGCACAAUUAACCGAGGUCUCUCUCGUGAUGCUAUAGUUCUGCUGUUCCGUUCUGUACGUACGUAGCUGAUGAUGUGGAUCAAGAGUGGCUAAUUCUGGACGCAUGACGGCGAACACGAACA